AUGUCCGGAUCGACGACAUUAGACAGUAUCAGUGCCUGUUUUAGUAAUCGUGUGGUUCCAUGGGAGACGCAGAGAGACGCUCUUUUAAAGUUGCGUGAACUCUGCAAAGACCCGCAGCGUCCUCUUCGGGCUAAUAUGAUUGAUUCAAAUAUCAAAAAUGGAUUAAUUAAAUGUGUAUCGGAUAAUCGAAGUGCUCUUGUGAGUGAAGCUUGCAAUACCAUUACUGAUCUCUGUCGAGCAAUCGGUCAACCAUUUGAAUUUGCAGCUUGUGAUAUUUUUAUUGGAAUUAUCGAUAAGUGUGCAUCUGGAGUGAACUCCAUUUCCAUGAAAGUGUCAGAGUGCUGCACAUCCAUCGUUACACUCAUCCACAUGGAGCGACUAAUCAACUACCUCGAGCGAUAUCUCAAAAGCAAAAGGCACUCUCCCAUCUCUCCUCUCACUGUAGCGAUAAAAUCCAAAUUGAAAUCUCUCGCUGUGUGA